CAAACGAUGUCAGUUCCGCCUUUCCAUGAUAAACUAGCUACAGCUCUUCGUGAGAGGUUGUUAGAGGAGGCCAGUGUAAUUGAAGAUUUGCCCCCAAUUCCACCUCGGGUCCCACGUCAAAAGCAGGCCAAUCUAAUUGAAGAUUUGCCCCCACUCCCUCCUCGGGUCCGACAUCAAAAACCGAAAUUUUUCAUAACACUGAUACCAAUAAGGAAAAAGAAGCCAGUUUCAACAUCUGGUGUACCCCCGCCACUGCCAGCACGGAACUAUACGCCACCAACUUCAUCCGGAGCAAGGUCUCGGUCACAGUCGCCGGAUAUUAACGGAGAUGAGCCGCCCCCAGUUCCACCUCGGAUUACGCUGCUAAAAAGCAAAUAUUCUUCGCCAUCAACACAACGUUCAUCGUUUUCAAAUAGAGCCUACCAAGCGUCGUCGAAUCGGCCCCGCACAGUGUCGCCAAGUUCGCCCCGCCCAGUGUCCCCGAGUUCGCCCCGCUCAGUGUCGCCAAGUACGCUCCGAUCAGUGUCGCCGAGUACGCCCUGCUCAGUGUCGCCAAGUACGCACCGAUCAGUAUCGCCGAGUAUGCCCCGCUCAGCGUCUUCGAGUUUGCCCCGCUCAGUGUCGCCGAGUGCUGCCCGCUCAGUGUCGCCGAGUACACCCCGCUCAGUGUCGCCGAGACCACCCCGCUCAGUGUCGCCGAGUACAACCCGCUCAGGGUCGCAGAGUUAUGCCCGCUCAGUGUCGCCGAAUACACCCCGCUCAGUGUCGCCGAGUUUCCCCCGCUCAGUGUCGCCGAGUUUGCAUCGCUCAGUGUUGCGGAGUGCGCUUCGCCCAGUGUCGCCGAGUACAUCCCGCUCAGUGUCGCCUAGUACACCCUGCUCAGUGUCGCCGAGUACACCCCGCUCAGUGUCACCGAGUGCGCUUCGCUCAGUGUCGCCGAGUACGCCCCCCUCAUUGUCGCCGAGAUCCUCCCGUUCAGUGGCGCCGAAUACGCCUCGCUCAAUGUCGCUGACUUCGCCCUGCUCAGUUUCGCCGAGUACACCACGCUUAGUGACGCCGAGUUCGCCCCGCUCAGUGGCGCCGAAUUCGUCCCACUCAGUACCGAUGAUUACGCCCCAUUCAGUGUUUCUGAGCUCGCCCCGCACGGUUUCGCCGAGUUCACCCCUCUCAGGGGCGCCGAGUCCACCCCGCUCAGUGUCGCCGAGUACACCCCGCUCAGUGUCGCCGAGUACGCCCCGCCUAGUGGCACCGAGUUCUCCCCGCUUAGUGGCGCCGAGUACGCACAGCUCAGUGUCGCCGAGAUCUCCCUACCCUGUAUCGCCGAGUACAACCAGCUCAGUAUUGCCGAGUUCGCCCUGCUCAGUGGAGCAGAGUUUGUCCAACUCAGUUUCGCCGAUUACGCCUCGUUUAGUGUCGCCGAGUUCGCCCCGAACAGGGUUGCCAAUAUCACCCCGCACAGUGUCGCAGAUUAUUCCGCCAACACACGCAUGUUUCUUGACAUCAACUUCGACUCUGCACCCAUUAGAAACCAGUUUUACCCCGGCAAUCAACGAUCAAAUAGAAAGAAGAUUUGGAAGAAAUUCCACCAUGAUGGUAUUUGCUGGCUGUCAGGUAGUGUUGGAUCUCAGCACUAACAUCAAGUUCAAGGCCAAAUCACAGCUGAGGAAAGACAUUACAUCUCAUGGAGGUGUGGUCUCUUUCAUAGUGACCAAAAAGAGCACUCACAUUGUCUGUGAUGAUGCCAAGAAGGCAGUGGACUCAUACAAGUGUCAGAUGGGUGUGAAGUAUGGAGUACCCGUGGUGUCUACAGACUGGGUGGUCGCCUGUGUUGAGUCUGGCAAACUGCAGAACACAGACAACUUUAUUCUGCUUGGACAGUCCAAGUCAGAUGAACUUAAAGAAGGGAAAAUAUCAGCAACAAGAUUUCAGCAAAAAGACAAGAAAAAAGAGAGCAAGCAAUUCGUGAAUGUGGCGGCGAUUAAAGUCUGGAAAGCCAAGGACAAAAAUAUGCCAAGCUUUGGUGACAGUUUUCAGAUUGCCAAAUUUGCCAUGUUUGAAGGAAAAAAUCUGAACAAGAAAAACAACAAAGUUCAAAUCAUGGAAAAGACCUUCUCUGUUCUGGAAGUACAUGUGGAUGAUUCACUCAGGGGCAGCAACUCAGAUUCUGAAUACAAAUACAGAGUUACCUCCCAUUUUGGGGACCUUCAGGAGGUGGAGAAUGGCGGAAGUGGGUCAUUUGAGAUGCGUUUCUGUCAUCGGGUAGAAGAGGCCCUAGCAGUGUACAGCAGCCUGUAUAACGACAAGAAGGUCAAGCAUAUGACCUUGACCCACAAGGUCAUCUCCAGGCAUAUUGGGUCAGAGAAGUUCAGACAUAUGAUGGGAGAGUUGGGGCUAGAGACGGGGGAGAUGUCGCAGGUAGUCGGCCAUCUUGUGGAGCACGUGUGGAUGGAGGCCUUGGGGGAACUCAGCAGCGUGCUGGCAGUGGACGUGUACAGCCUGAAAACUGAACAGAUUGACAAGGCAGAAGCCAGUCUGAAGCAAGUAAGGUCAGCAUUGGAGGAGAAUGACCCAACACAGCUACAGAAACAUCUCUCUGACUACUACAACACACUUCAACAUCAGACCCUUGUUACAGUGAACAUGGUCAACAAGGCUUGGCUCUCCAAGGAACAAGAUCUAUGCCAGCUGGUGAAGGACAUGAUAUCAGUGAGCGAGGCGACAGACUGGUCUACCACAUCCAGCACACAGUCUAAGUACCGGGCUCUACGCUGCGAGGUGGCCUGUCUGCCUGCAACCAGUCCAGAAUACCAACACAUUGAAGACACUGUCAUACAGUCACUGGAAAAUGGUGUAAAAAUGAAGAUUGAGGCCGUCUACUCAGUUAACCGGCCAGUUGAAACCACCAGCUUUACACACAACUUGGACAAUAAGCUGUCACUCUUCCAUGCUUCCAAGGCAGAUAAUUUGGUUGGAAUUUUGUCAAGAGGCCUACUGAUGCCCAAGGUGGUGGUGGAUGAUCACGGAGGUCAAAGGUCAGAUCCAGGCAUGCUGGGAUCAGGGAUUUACUUUGUCAGUGCGGCCAGCACCAGUGUUGCCUACUCAUUGCCCAGCCGUUCUAAGGGCACAAGGUUCAUGUUGAUGAAUGAGGUUGCUCUUGGCCACUGCAAGGACAUGUGCACCAAGGAUUUGACCUUGACCUCAGCCCCUGAAGGUUAUGACAGCGUGCAUGGGGUCAAGUCAACAGCUGACACACCCUCUGUUUUCAAAGCAGAUGAGUAUGUUGUGUAUAACCCCAGUCAGCAACGUAUGAGGUACCUGGUUGAGUUCACAACACCCAAUGACAUUGUUAAGACACUGGAGGUGGGCUUAAAUGAAGUGAUUGAAACAUACGACAAUGAGCUUAUGGUGGAAUCCGAGGAAAUCAGCCUUAAUGAUGUAAAGGAUGUAAUUGACCCAAUGUCCAAGGUCAAGGCAGGCUUGGUAUCCAAAGACAACGCUCCGGUCAAUCUCAAGGCUGUUCAUGUUCGAGCCAAACUGAUGGAUCUGGCAUCUGAGGUUGUGGUUUUACAGCAGUAUGAGAACAUGAGUACCUCGCACAUUGAGGCCAAGUAUGUGUUCCCUCUGGGGGACAUGGCUGCGGUCUGUGGAUUUGAGGCAUUCAUCAAUGGGAAACAUAUUGUGGGGGAGGUGAAAGAAAAAGAGACUGCCCAUCGUGAAUACAAGAAGGCAAUCAGUGAAGGACAUGGGGCCUACUUGAUGGACCAGGAUGAAGAAACACCGGAUGUGUUUACUGUAAGUGUUGGUAACCUGCCCCCUGGCGCCACUGUCCUUAUCAAGAUCACGUACGUGUCGGAGCUGCAGGUUGAGGGAGAGCUGAUAAGCUUCCGGCUUCCAGGCAGUGUGGCUCCAUGGAAGAAGGAGUCACUGAAGGAAGUCACUCAGCACGAGACAGACACUGUAGAGGUACAACAAGGAGAGACCAGUGUGCAAGUAUCGGUAGAGAUGCCCUUUGACAUUCGCUCCAUAGAGUGCCCCACACAGAAAGUGAAAAUAAAGAGGACUCUGACCAAGGCCACAGUGGAAAUGUUGAGCAACCAGUCCAUAUCAGAUGGUUUCCAGCUUCUGAUAGGUCUGGCUGAGAUCCAUGUGCCCAGAAUGUGGGUGGAGAGGAAACCAGGCAACCAUGACCAUCAGGCUUGUAUGCUGACGUUCUACCCACAAUUCGAGGCCUGUGAAUCGGAGACUGUCAGUGUUACGUUCCUUCUGGACCUCUCAAAUUCCAUGAAGGGAGACAACCUGACAAAUGCAAAGAAGGUCAUGUUACUGAUGUUGCAGCAUCUGCCUUCCUCGUGGAAUUUCAACAUUGUUGUGUUUGGAACUGCCUUUAAGGAACUGUUUCCUACAUGUGUACCCAAGAAUGCAGCUAAUGCUAAACUUGCCCAGGAAUUUGUGAUGGGUUUAUCAGCUUCCCUGGGCAAUACCGAAGUAGUUCGACCAAUGCACACAUUCUACCUUCUAAGACCGGAGAGCUCUAUUCAGAACGUGUUCCUGAUAUCGGAUGGUCACGUGAACAACUCUGAUGUCCUGCUUGAGAAGGCCAGGCUCAAUUGUCAGCAUACCAGGAUCUUUACUAUGGGUGUCAGCUCUACAGCUGACCGACAUUUGUUGAGGGCCUUAGCAAGAGUGGGAGCUGGAGCUUUCGAGUUCUUUGAUCCAAAAGUAAAGUCUAAAUGGGAAAGAAAGGUACAGAGCCACAUCAACAAGGCUGCUCAGCCUGGCCUUACGUCUGUUCAAGUGGACUGGGAGCAACAUGGUGCCAAUGUGGAACUGCCUGUUCAGGCGCCCAGACAGAUCACGGCCGUGUUCAGUGGGUCAAGGCAGGUCAUCUACGGCUUUGUACCCAACUGCACCAUGGCGACUCUGAAAGCAGAAGUAGCUGGCUAUGAAGUAUCAACCAUGGUGUCUACAUCAGAUCUUAGUAUUACAGAGGGCAAUAUUCUGCACCGCCUUACUGCAAGGGCAAUCAUCAGUGACUGGGAGGAUGGAGUGCUGUCGCCUGACAAGACAGACCAUGAGAUUGUGAAGAUGAACACGAAAAACUACAUCAUAGAGCUGAGCAAGGAAUACUCCAUAGUGACUCAGUUUACCAGCUUUGUUGCCAUAGAAAAGAGAGAUAAGGAUGAUGAAAAGAGUGUCCUGGAUUCAGCCCCUUCAAUGGCAGAACUUAUUGACAAUGAAAAUGUGGAUCAGCUCAAAUACAUGGGAUUUGAGGAGCUGCAGCCAGAUGUUGACAUUGAGAAGGCGUUAGAGGAGGUGCUGACCAAUGUGAGGUUACACUAUGAUAACAAGGUGCGACAGAUGGGGUUUGUCAAAGACGGCUUCAAACUGCUUGUUACAGAGGAUGCCGACACUGAUGAUGAGGAAUGGAAAGAGAAAGUGGAGAAGCUGGAAGAGACCUUUGACAGAUGGGGUCUUUAUGAAGAUUAUGACUUUGAGACAGAAUUUGGGCGAAAGCGUAUAGGGAAAUCGCAACAUAAAAAGGUGCAGAUUUUUGUAAGGCAACUCACUGGGAAAAUUCUAGAAGUGGAUAUAAGACUGGAUCAGACUGUUAGCCAACUAAAGCAAUUGGUGGAAGACUCAACUGGUGUACCAAUAGACCAGCAGCGAAUGAUUUUUGCUGGCCGUGAGUUAGAGGAAGACAGAUUUCUUUACGAGUUUGAUAUUGAAGAUAAGGCUACAUUGCAUCUUGUUUUACGCCUUCGAGGAGGACACACCAUGGUACAAGAAACAGAUCUAUUAAAUAUGAGGAUGAAAAGUUUUGACGAAGAUGUAGGUGCCACAUUGGUCAUGGACGCUGGUUCCAUGAUGUUCAAGGCAGGUUUUGCGGGUGAAGAUGGGCCUAUGACUGUCUUUCCCUCCGCUGUCGGCAGGCCCAGACAUCAGGGUGUUAUGGUCGGUAUGGGACAGAAAGACAGCUACGUCGGAUAUGAGGCCACAGGCAAGACUGUUUUUCAACCACAAAAGAUGCGAAGAACAAAACAGACGGCUCGUAAAAGUACUGGAGGCAAGGCUCCACGCACACUAAGACAGCAAGCUACCGAUGGAGACGAGGCUAGUGAAGAAGAGAAUGAAAAUGAUGAUGUUGAAACGGAUACCCCACGGCAAGAACAGACAUUAAGAGAUCGCGACCGUGGAACUAUGGAAGAAUGCAGACCAAUGCUGGACAGUUCUGAGGUGGAUGAAUUUGCUGAGUUGGACAGUGAUUUAACAGAACCAAGUCCGGCUAAAAUAAAGCGCAGGAAAAGACAGCUUAGGAUGGCAUCCAACAUGCGUAACAUUGAACAGGGUACAGCCCUGAAGAAGGUGGAGCCCAGGGCAGAAACACAAGCAGACACCUGGGAGACCGUGCUGGAGUCCAAUAAGAUAAGAACGGUGGAGGAUGACUACACUGUCUACUCAUGCCCUCCCGAGCCUGAGUUCCUGCUCAUGGAAACCCAAACUGCAUCCCUCCCAGAGUGUUUUGAGAGAUCCAGAGAUGGAUCUUGUGUAUGGGAGGUCAUGGAAGAAUGUAUGGAAAAAGAUUUUGCUUUGUUUGAUGAUGGCCCAUCAUCAGAGUCAGAGUCAGAGACAGCAGGUUUGUUUACUUUUGGUGGAGGUGGAGGCGGUGGUGAGGAAGAAGGUGGAGGUGGAGGUGGUGUCGAGGAAGAAUGUGGAGGUUGGGGCGGUGGUGAGGAAGAAGAUUCCAGUGUGAGCUCAGAAGCGAUGGAAGAGAAAGCAUAUGAAAAGCAGGACAGAGGUACAAAAUUCCCAGUUGAACAGGAAAGUAAACAGAAAAUGAAGACAAAAGCGGACGACAAUCGAGACUAUCUAGUUCACCAUUCUCCACAACCUGUGCCUAAGCCACAAAGCCAAGUUUCGUGGAGAAAAUGUCCCUCACCAACAAGCUUUAGACGUAUGCCUCUUUCAGCAUCAUAUUCCGCAACGUCUCCCUCAUAUUCCCCAACGUCUCCUUCAUAUUCCCCAACGUCUCCUUCAUAUUCCCCAACGUCUCCUAGACCUGAAACCAUGGCUUAUUCAAAAGAGCGAGAAGUGAAUUUGAUUGAAGCUGAAGCCUUUGGAUCUAGUGACUUCAGAAAGCCUUUGUCAAGAAAGAAAGAAAGAUUUUCUGAAAGAGAAACACAAUUAUCUGCUGCGCCACCUCGCCUUGCAAGGUGCUCAUUUGCUGCACCAGCACCAGCCCCUCUUGCAGCCCCAGCCCAAGUAACAACAGGGUUCCAGUAUGUUGAACCUGCAAGAGGCUCCGUGGAACCAACAGGGUUUGCCUUUUCAAGAAGGGCUGAGCAGACAUUGAUGGGCGAAAGCCAACUCCAGAUUACGGGAGAGUCUUUAUCAAGUGCUGAAUUCAGAAUACAAGAAGAGGAUGAUUGUGAUAAGAGCGCGCCAAGAAGAUUCCCUUCGAUGGCAUGCUUUGUUGCCCCAGCUCCACAACCCCUGGAACCUCCUGAAAUGCCUUAUUCAGGACUGCCACCACCACCACCACCACCUCCACCAGGUGCAUAUUGGGCUAUGCAGCUCUCCAAGCCUCCACCACCACUGUUAGCAGGACUUCCACCACCACCACCACCCCCAUCCUUCAUCGUAUUGCCACCUGCACCAAAAUCAGCAGGUGCACCUUUGAAGCCUAAGCCACUUGCCAAGCUGCCUCCCCCAUUACCAUCGAGAGGACAACCACCUCCACCACCACCAUCGGGUGGACAACCGCCUCCACCACCACCAUCGAGAGGACAACCACCUCCACCACCACCAUCGAGAGGACAACAGCCUCCAACACCACCAUCAGCAGGACUACCACCUCCACCACCACCAUCAGCAGGACUACUGCCUCCACCACCACCAUCAGGAGGACGACCGCUGCCACCACCCACAGUAGUACCAUUACAGGGACAGUCAUCUGAGUUAUCAAGAUCAAGUUCAGCAAAGAUAUUGAGGAGGGAUCGUUUACAUGGAACACUUACAGCAUCAUUUGGUGUUGAUUUACCUAAGCUUCAAUCCUUGCAAUAUGAAAUAUGUUCCAAGAAGAGGAGAAUGCCAAAAAUUGCCCCUUCGGAGCUGCUUCUGUUGGAUGUGACACCUUUGUCCAUUGGUAUAGAAUUGGAAGGUGGGAUAAUGCAUGUCAUUAUUCCUCGAAAUUCCACGAUUCCAACUCGCAAACAGGCCACAUUUCAUGGCCCCAGUGCCACGGAGAAGGACUCAGACUGUCAUGGUGUCGCAAUCAAUGUGUACCAAGGUGAAAGGGCCCUUGUUAAGAACAACAAAAAAAUUGGGGAGAUGGAAUUGUUUGAUCGGAACCUUACAGAUGUUGUGAUAUUAAUCGAAAUUGAUGCAAAUGGCAUAAUUUCUGUGACCGCAACCUCUGCAAUGACCGGAAAAUCUUCUUGUAUCACAAUUAGUAAUGAUACAGGUGGAUUGAAUCAACAAGAAAUCGGUAAACAUAUAAAGGAAGCAGACGCAAAUCGUAAAAAUGAUGACAUCAUCCGUCAAAAGCCUGUGAAUAAUUUACCAGUCAUAAAGCGAUAUACAGACACCCCAAAUCUGGCAGAGUAUGGCAUAGGCAUUCAGGUGUCCACGUGUGCACUAGAUGAGACAUCCAUGGAUUCUAAACGUGUGGAAGAAAUUGGUAAACUUAUGAACAAUGACGGUUACUAUGACUUCACCUCAAACCUUGGCAAACUGUUGGGAGUUGACUUCCAGAAAUGUGAGAGCAUCCUCACACUAGCAGGCCUCUCUUCAUUGGGUUUCAAGGCCAAGUCAGACAUUCUCAGACUUGUGGCCACGUCCAUUGUGAUUGUUCGUCUUAUUAAGAACAUUUUGCCUGAUGUCAAAACUGAGGAUCUGACUGAAGAUAAGUUUAAUACGAAAAUUGAAGAAAUUCUGUCUUCUGGUGUCACAGCUUUGGAAGUCUUUGGCAUCAUGGCAAACUUUUUGCCUAAAGCUUUUGACUACGCGACAGACACCGCCAAAAAGUACCCCCUUGUGCCCUCAACGUUGGAACUUGGCUCCUCGUGGGAAAAUGUGACUUUUAGGCUGCUUGGUAUCUAACCAUAAGUGACUAUCAUGUGCAUAUUAACUUGGAUAUGGACAAUAAAUGCUGAAGGUUGUAAUUGACAAAAAAUAGCACCUAGGAGUCCUUUGAAUGGUAAAGAUAUUGACUUAUGCACAAUUUAAUCAAAGUAUAAAUAUUAUAUAAUACUUACAAAGUUUAAAUUUUAAAGUUGCACAAAGGCAUGUAUACAAUCUUAAAAAAGAUGCUUACAGUUAGAAAUUAGUUUCAAAAUUGGGUAAAGCUUACCAAAUAAAAAAGAAGUUUUUAUUUAAUUUUAUCAAAUAUUGCUUCCAAGGGUAUGUAACAGUUUUUCCUUAUAUGGCUUUUAUUAUUGAAAAUCUAAGAAGAAAGCAAAAAUUGGAUUUGAAAAUUAUUCAGCAUAAAUUUUCCUUGUGUUAUAUUUUGUUUACAAUGCUCUGUGUAAGUGGAUUCAAGUUAUCCUGAUUUUCAGUUUGUCAUGUCUACAUGUUAUGUGAUAGCGUUUGACCAAGUCAGUUUCCCUGCUGAAUGAAAGUAGCAUUCUAUGUGUACUGAGAGAAUUGAUCAAGAGGCAUCGUGGCCUUUUUUAAUUUUUUCUUUCUACUAAAAACAACUGAUCAAACAUUUGCAAGUAUUCCUUACUCUUUAAAAUGUUACAUACUUCAAUAAAGUUUUGUAAUUCGGAUAGCAAUUGCUUCAAAGUAUAUUUUGAACAAUUUGGUUGCUUCAUUGUUUCCUGUUAAUCAUUAAUUAUUAUGGAAUAUUACUCUCAUAAAUGUAUCACAUGUGUACCAAUCUUCUUAAUUUUGAUAUUGUGCUUUUUUAUGGUAUUUUUGCUUUAUAUUGCUGAUAUAUAUAUAUAUUGUGUAUUCUCCACACUGAUGUAUUGUUCAUUAUAAUGCCGCCCUUAGAAGAAGAGGGGGUAAAUUGUUUAGCUGGAUAUCGGUCGGUCUCUAGGUAGACCAGAUCCUUUCCCAUCAAUCACUUGUGAAUGAUUCACUAGAUGAAUUGACCAAUUGGCUUGAUACUUCCCAUGUGCAUUGGCCUAUGCCAGUCGAUGACUCCUAUCGAAAAAGGUCACUGUUACACUAUGAGUAAAAAUCGUUUCUGAUCAAUUACUUGUGAAUGGAGAGACCGAUGGGCUUGAUACUUCCCAUGUGCAUUGAUGUUUGACAGUAGAUGACCCCUAUUGAAAUGGGGGUCACUAGCUAGGUGAAAGGUCAAGUUCAUGUUCACACUAAGUGUGAAAUUGUUUUUGAUCAAUUACUUGUGAACGGAGAGACAGAUUGGCUUGAUACUUCCCUCAUGAAUUGAUGUUUUACAGUAGAUGACCCCUAUUGAAAUUGUGGUCACUAGGUGAAAGGUCAAGUUCACAUUCACACUAAGUGUGAAAUCGUUUUCGAUCAAUAACUCGUCAAUUUAUGCAACCAUUGGCUUGAUACUUCCCAUGUGCAUUGGCCUUGGACAGUAAAUUACCUCUAUUAAAAUUGGGGUCACUAGGUCAAAGAUCAAUCUCACUGUCCCAAUAAGUGUGAAAAUAGUUUGCUAUCAAUAACUCGUCAACGAAUUGACCGAUUGGCUUGAUACUUCUCAUGUGUAUUAGCCUUGGACAGUAGAUGACCCCUAUUGAAAUUCAACCGAAUUUAUCAAGCUCUAAAAAGAGGACAAAGAAAUAUAUUGAGACAACACAAUUUCAUGUAACUUUUAACGAUGCAAAAUUAUAUAUUUUUUGAAAGAAUAUCAAUUAUCCCUGACUUUCUUAUCCAAUAAUGAUUUAUUGAUUGUAUGGCAGCAUUAUGACAUCACUAGUUAUAAUACUAUAUUAUUCUCAACCCAUUUACUAUUUAUUACGCUGAUUUAACAGAAGGGCAUAAUUCUGUGUCAACUAAAAUCUUAUUUAAGAUGCAAAGUCCCACUAAUAUGGUAAGAUUAACUCUUCAUGUCAGUUUGUUGCAGAAAAUCAUGUGUCAAAGCCCUGUUUGGAGCGGCUCUUGUUUAACUGAGAUUUUGUUUAUGUAUAUUUUGUUGUUAAAGUGACACUGCAAGAUUUAAUCAAAUAUUUAUGAAAUUAUAUAAAAUGUGUAAAAAACUUUAUAUACAUAUAUUUCAAUAUAAAUUAAAUUAAAUGAAGAACAUGUGUCGAAAAAUGCGAAAUAAGCAAUAUAUUUAAAUCUGAAAUCGAAAAUGUCUCAACUGUCGAAUUCGCCAGCACGUAUAUCAUGCAUGUACGAUGUGAAUCUUAAUUUAGUUGUACGGAUCAUUUUAAUUUCCUGCAACGAUACAUCUAUUCAUAUGAGACACAAACACUGACUUUGACCCUAAUAAAAAGACAAAUGAUUCGAAAUGAUAGGAAAAUAUGUACGAAACAUCUUCGUCACAAUCGGCUCAGGGUGCUUAUUUGUCUUUGCUGCAUUCUUUAAGAUUUGUCUUCAAUGUAUACUUUUCUUACCUAUUUUGUGUUGUUGCAACAUAUUUUUAUCAGUAUAUUACAAUUUAACACAUAUGAAAAUUGCACAGUCUCACUUUAAUGUAAAUUUGAGCUGUAUUGUAGGAAAAAUGAGUUUUUUGUAUGUGCAGAGUCCACACUGGCAAAUCAUGUACCACACUUUCAGCUUAAACUGGUUUCUUCUUAAGGAGAGAGUUUUCCUUUCUUUAAAGAAAUUGAAUUUAUUUUAUGAAAUAACUGUUUAGUUUGGUGUGGUGUCAUCAUUCAUCCAUAGAUCUGUUUGCUUGCACAGUAGAUUUAAUUGAGACGGCUUGCCUUGACCAUGAUUGGUACUCUCCAUGUGUUUUUUUGAAAGCUAAAGCUUUUCAACAAAGCUCAUUUAACUGUUUUUUUUCUUCAGUGUAUUAUCUGUAUUUACUUGCCUAACUAUAGCACACGUGUUACUUAUUAUAAAAGAGCUCACAAUUACAUAUUGUUUCAUUUAUAACAAUUGUAGAUCUAUACACUGUAAAAUUGUUUAUUAUAUGUUGAUUAUGUUUUUUGAGUAACAAUACUGUUUUUGUAAUGGUUAUUUAUAUAUGUUUGUUAUAUUUGUAACAAUAAGCUUGUUAUCCCCGCCAAAAGCCCAGAGAUAUAGAUUUGGUACUGUCCAUAAGUAAACAUUAAAAAUUGGUAAGAUUAUCAAGCUUUUUUGCGAUUAUAAGUCAAGUGUUUUACAUACUGUAUAGAUUUCUUAGUUAACAUUUUAAUGGCAUUUAAAAAAAAAUGCUGCAAUCUGUGAACAAGUCACUUCAAUGUUGAUAAUAUACAGAAAAUGUUAACAGAAAUUAUAAUGCUCCGAUAAAUAUAAAGGUAGAAGUUUUUGCACUCUGUGAUAAAAGUUUAUUUAUUAUGUGGGUUUUGUUUUUGUUUGCCUUUUGCAUGUUUCAAUUAUGUAGUGUGCUUUUUGAAUAUACAUAACUGGCACAUGUUUUGUAACAAAGCAGAUUUUAUGGGGUCUUUUCAAUUCAACUUUUUCUACUGUCAGUGUUGUAUAUGUUUCCUAAGUAGUUAAGUUUUAAAUGUCUGGUCUGUUGACUACUAAGUAUCACAAUAAGUUUAAUAUUUAUAUUUUGUAGUCUUUCUUUUAAACACAUUUGAAAUUCAUAUCUUAUAACACGCUGCGUAUUAGUAAAUGUAUAAUUAUGCCUUCAUAUAAUGCAUUUUUAUUAUAUAUAUUUUUAUUCCCCAAGAUCGGGGGUAUAUUGUUUUUGGCAUGUCUGUCUGUCAUUCUGUCCCAAAUAUUUAACCUUGGUUAAUGAUUGAUACCUUUUGCAAUAUUGAAGAUAGCAACUUCAUAUUUGGCAUGCAUGUGUAUCUCAUGGAGCUGCACAUUUUCAGUGGUGAAAAGUCAAGGUCCAGGUCAUCCUUCAAGGUCAAAGGUCAAAUAUCAUUGUAUUUUUCUUUCCUAAAACUUUAACCUUUGUUAAAGUUUGGUCAUAACUUUUUGAAUAUGAAGAUAGCAACUUGAUAUUUGGCAUGCAUGCGUAUCUCAUGACACUGCACAUUUUGAGUGGUGAAAGGUGAAGGUGAAGGUCAUCAUUCAAGGUCAAAAGUAAAAAAAUACAAUCCAAAGUAAUACGCUUUAAAAGGGAGAUAAUAUCUAAAGCUGCCUAAACCUAAAGCGGCGCAAUAGGGGACAUUGUGUUUCUGACAAACACAUCUUUUUUUAUUAUGCCCCUGGAUCGAAUCAUCGGGGGUAUAUUGUUUUGGCCUGUCUGUCUUUCAUUGUGUCCCAAAACUUUAACCUUGGUUAAAGUUUGAUACCUUUUGCAAUAUUAAAGAUAGCAACUUCAUAUUUGGCAUGCAAGUGUAUCUCAUGGAGCUGCACAUUUUGAGUGGUGAAAAGUCAAGGUCAAGGUAAUCCUUCAGGUCAAAGGUCAAAUAUCAUUGCAUUUUUCUUUCCUAAACUUUUAACCUUCGUUAAAGUUUGGUCAUAACUUUUUGAAUAUUGAAGAUAGCAACUUGAUAUUUGGUAUGCAUGUGUAUUUCAUGAAGCUGCACAUUUUGAGUGGUGAAAGGUGAAGGUCAUCCUUCAAGGUCAAAAGUCAAAAAAUACAAUCCAAGGGAAGUAAUAAGCUUUAAAAAAGGGAGAUAAUUUCUAAACCUGCCUAAACCUAAAGCGGCACAAUAGGGGGCAUUGUGUUUCUGACAAACACAUCUCUUGUUUAUUAUAUAAAUAUAUUAUGUCUGAUAUCAAUCCUGCCCAAUAGGAGAUGCAUAUAUCUUUGAAUAAUGGGUUACAGAAAAUUGAUGAAUUACAUUACAAUAAGAGAUGUACGCGUCUUAAUAUAACGCAUUUCAAAUAAAUUUUCACGUUAAAUACAAUGCAAUAGGAAACCAUUGUUUUGAGUACAACUCUAACCUGCUGUGCUCUUUAGACUUUAUUUUAGUCAGUUCAAAGACUUCAAGUAUUUGUUUUCUAUAAUGGUAAACCUAUAUGAUCCUCUAACAAGACGUCGCAAAUUAUACUACUCACAUAUAUUAUGACUCAAGUAUUAUAACAAUUAUAAUAAUAGCUGCUUUCGUUUUUUUUUGUAAUUGUUGAUCAUUAUAAAUAACAUGAACGGGAUUGUGAAACACAAUAAGGUUAAUGAAACACAGUAGUUUAUGUUGUGGAUGACCGAUAACAUGGUGUUAUUUUCAUAGUCUAAAUAAGGUCUCCACAAGUUAUGAACAAGAACAUGGCAUCUUCGUAUAUUUUACAGGUAUUAUUGUUAUGGUAAUAUCAAUUACGAAUAUGCUUUUAAAAUUAAGACUUGACUUACUCAAUUCCUGGUUUCAAUUUGCUUGAUGGUUAGUUGGUUUGAUCUUGCGCGGUAUAUAUUUAUUUUAAAUUCCUUGCUUGAUUUUACUAAAUUAAUAUUCAUCAGAUAAUUAAAAAAAGAUAAGGGCACUACUGUUAAGUUGUAUAAUGUCAAUUUGCUUUUCUUUUUUUCUAAUAAAAAUUAUCCCUGUAA